AUGUCCAGCAAAGAGACAACAUUAGUGUUGCUUUUGUUAGUGUUUAGUGUGCAAUGUGAUCAAAUACUAGAUUUCAAAGUUAUAACUGCUGUCAGGCACGGUAUCGAAAAUGCUUUGAAUUAUAUUGAAUCAAACUUGUAUCGGAGUAUGGUGGAUGUGACCCUAGGGGUGGCUUUUGUUAAAGCUUUCAUGAAAGAUUCUUACAAGAACGGAAGUCACAUAAUGGAUCCGAGUUCUUUACGCAUUAUGAACAGGUGCGACAAUGUACUGGCCAAAGCGAGCCAAUUCUUUUCUACAACUGAGGAAAACGGCAGCGAUUGGAAAUUCAAAAAUUUGAUCUACAAUGAUAUUUGGACAAAAUCCAUGGACUACAAACCAAAAAAUUCGCUAAAAACCAAAAAAAAUCCUGACAAAAUAUCGCCACAGAUUAUAUUCUAUCGCGAAAACUAUUCGGACCAUUGCAUUUUCGAAAUCGUCAACGCUACAAAUCAAAAAGACUACAGACAGUGUCCGGUGAGCAGGAGCUGUUGGGACACUUUUUACAAAAACGCCAAGGGCAACGGGUACUUUUUGACUCACAAACUACUGAUUUUACAAAUUGCCAAAGCUAGGAAAUGCAUCAUUAAUGCUUACUACUACAAGAAGCAAGUGACUGAAAUUUGCACUUUUAUCAAAUACGAUGCCACGUACUACACUGGAUCGCAGGACGAAAAGUUUGACUUGUUUCUGGAACAAAUAUUACUGUGCGGUUAUGAAGGUUUCACCGAUUUCAUCCGCAACGAUUGGCUGUUUAGAAUUUUGAAAUCUCAAAGGGACAGCGGCUGUUUCAAAGACAAACUUCUCGACAAGAAUAAGUCGAGAAUUAAACGAGAUGCUGUAUUAUUUGAGGACGGUUGCAGCGAUCACACCACAACUUUGGGAGCGGGCGUUUUGGGACUUUACUACAAUUACAUUAUUAAAAAGGAAUUUAUUGGAAUGUAA